CUCUCAGCCCUCGCUAAACCUCAUCAUAAACAACUUAUAGCGCCUCUGACCCUCAUCCAAAGGCUCAACAAAGGUCCUCAUCAGUUCCCCCUUUGAAAGGACCUUCAUUUGACCCAGAAAUCACAGUCACUGAACGUCCUUUUGCUUCAUUCUUUUUCACCUGCCAGCUUACCUUGUCCCGAUUCGCCAGAGUGGAAAGCAAACUACAUACACACCAGAUCAUACACCAUUGCCAUUCAUGUGCCGUAUUGUAGGUUGACUGAUAAGCCCUAUUAUCUAUUCUGUUCGUUGUACGAUACAACACAAACUACCUUCUCAGAAAGAAAUCGCUUUUAGAAGAGGUACCGCCAGCCAAUAACCGCAGCGCGUAAUCUCCAAAUCGUCUUCAGCCGCGUUUUUCAGAUAACUCUUAUGGGUUAAUCCUUUCAUUAAGAUAAGAAUCCAGCAGAGUAACAACACAGCAGCAGCCAAAACAUAUUGGCCUUCGAAAAGUCUCGGUUCUUCACUGUCUCUUGGGUUUCGCACCUUGUAGACACCCACGUCGCUCCAAGAUAACAGACAGUAUCGCUCUCGGCGACCUUGCAUCAUCUGCUUCACAUUUCCUUUGUCCACCCACAGCUUUAUCGACACUUCUCUUCCCGCGCCUGACCGAGGAACUUCCCCAGAAAGCGCGAACUUAAGUCAGACAUAGCUUCCCAUGACUUCAAUGAUCCACACCCAGUCCUUCGAUGGCGGUCGUACUCAGGGCGGUCUACAUACCUCUCCUGCGGCAUCACCUCGUAGUGAUCGUCCUCACUCCCAAUCGUCUCUUCAUAUUGCUCCUCAGAGCACGUACUCUCCUCCCCUACCAACUCAAUCGCCUCACCCGAUCUCUGCAUACCCGGUUCAGGCCUAUCGUCCAUAUCCUCAAGGCGUAUCUUUACAGCUCCCGAAUCUCAUGAACAGCACUUACCCAAGCACAGCGCCGGCCUUGCCAUUUUAUCCCGCUGGCCCUACGCCGAUGUAUGAUUCUCGCGGUCCACAGCAAAUGAUCCGAACAAUCUCCCAUGCGCAUCCUAUGAAUUCCGCUACCGAGCAAACAAUUUCUUCUCGGUAUUCUUCUUCACCCCAUAGCGUUCAUGAGCAUCUGGGAGAUGCGCCUUCAAUCACAGGGGGCGAUCAGCCAAACCCUUGGGGUCACCCUGCUUUCCAUGUUCAGACAGAAGAUGACCGUUCUAUCAACCCAUCUAUGUUUGGUCCGGGCGGCGAUUACUCAAUGUCCCGUUCCACUUCGGGCGCUAGCGACAGUGGGCAUGAUACGAUGAGACUGCUCACGCCAAGCCUUGACUAUCGUCCCGACCGAAGAAGCCCUCAUGAACUUGAUUUGCGAAAAGUAUCUGAUAGCUUGGGAGACAAAAAGCACUUCUCUCAAGUGGCGUUUACCCCUCAUUUUGAUCUGCAGUCACACUCUCUUGGGUUAGGUCCUCACCCACAGCCUGAAAAUAUGUUCUUCGGUGAUCGGGGAUAUAGCAACACCUCUUUCAACCUAUCUUCCGAAAGGAUUGCAGGGAAAGACACAGAUCUCACAGGCGAGACGGAGUAUGAAAGGGAGAGAGCCGAGCAAAUCGUGAACAAUAGAAAGUUGUUGGAGGAUGUAGGGCUUGGAAGUCAUAGUUUGAGCUUUGGGUCUCGGCAUAUGAGCGGCACAAAGGGCAGUGAUUCGAAGAAGAAUAGGAAGGUUUCCACACCUGCCAAAAAGCGCCUUCAACUGGAAGGACCUGUGCGAGCCUCACCAAGGAUUAGAUCUAUGGGUCGCAACAUUUCAUAUGCUAAUCUCGAUGGCGGAUCAGCGAGCGACAAUGAUGAAUAUUCAUCCGAACAGGAUCCAGAAGAAGAAGAGGAAUUCAGGCCAUCCAAGAGGUCCAGAGGCCAGAUGGGAUUCAGACAAAAGUCGUCUUCCUAUUCUCAGUCAAGCAACAAGGCAUCAUCCAAGCCUCAGCUAUCCCUAUGGGGUCUCCUUCAGGUAUAUCCCGAAAUUCCACAUCUCUUCCCUCUCUUUUACUACACCCUCAACAAUGAUUUGACGAUUAAUUCUGAUUCCGUGCCUCUCAUUGGUUCCAUCCCUUCCAAUUGCACACCGGUGGCAAAGGCUGAGACACUUCAGGCAUAUUUCCACCGAGGGCGACGUGUGCUUUCACAGUUAGAUGCUUUCACGUCCAGGUGCGACCGUAAAUACGAAGGGCCCGAAGUCAGGUGGCCCGAGCUGGAUUAUCACACGAGGAUAGCCAUUCGAGAUGUCCGACGAAAGGUGGUUGAGCGAUGCGAAAAUUACAAAUAUACUCGACGGGAUAUUCUCGACAAGCAUGUGGGGAAGGGUAAAUGGCAGUCCAUUGAACAGGGAAUGAUUGAGUGGCGCGCGGGCAUGACUGUCAAUGACCCUGCCAACGAUCUCGCAAAUGUCACACUGACCUUGCCUACUCCUCCUCCAAACGCCUAUGGGCACCAAAUACGGCAGCAACCCACCCCUGCCCUUUACAGUGAUAGGGUGUUCAAACCAUUCCCCCAAGGUCGACGACCUACUUCCAUUGCGCCUCGUACGGUGAGCGUCAUGAUGGCUGAGCCUGAUGAACAGGCGCCCUUCACCUACCCUCCUACUGCCAACUCAGCGGUUGAAUUUUAUGGGUAUGCUCCUCAGCAACCUCCGAUCCCUCCGAUGUACGGUGAGGAUCAGGUCCCCAUGAGUGUGCAAAUGCCGGAGUCUGUGACCGCAGGGCCAACCGGAGCCAGCUUGGACCAGGCGAAUAAAGAAGCAAGCGCCAGCUGGGGCGAGUCAAGAGGUCUCAAAAGGGCCAGAGAUGACGACCAGGUUGGCGUUUCAAAUGACAACGAAGGUUGAAGCCAUUUCAACAAGAGAGUCUGGUGACAGCGCCCCAGGGCGAACUGUAGAAAUGGCAGUUUAGCAAUCUGUCCGCGAGACACUUGACCACUUUUACCCACCGUUCAGUAGCUUUAGUAAUUCCCUUUUCCCCUUCGUGUACAUAUAGAUUUGCCGACCGAGUUUGAGCGUGGUUAUCUGUUUGUGUAUGGAUCCUACCCGGCCGAGUAAACUAGCAUGUAGUAUAGUUAUCCCCCGAGUCGCCUGGGAAACUGGCCGCAACGGCGCCGACUUGUAUGAGUAUCAUUAAUGGAUAGGUAAUUUCGAGUGAGCAUCGGUAAUUAUGUGAGAUACUAGAGGGUGUAUGCAUUUAUCGGAC